AUGAGGAUCCACACCGGAGAAAAACCAUACACAUGUGAUGAAUGUGGGAACAGCUUCAGACUAAAAGAAACGCUUUAUCGACACAAGACUAUCCACACUGGAGAGAAGGCCAGUUCACACACAUGUGAUCAGUGCGGGAAGAAUUUUAGCCAAAAAAGAUACCUUCUUAAACACAUUAAAAUCCACACCGGAGAAAAACCACACUCAUGUGAUCAGUGCGGGAAAAGCUUCAAAGACAAGGGAACCCUUAAUGAUCACAAGAGGAUCCACACCGGAGAGAAACCGUUCACAUGUGUUCAGUGUGGGAAGUGUUUCAGACUCCAACAAUCUCUUAAAGAACACAUGAGGAUCCACACCGGAGAGAAACCCUACACGUGUGAUCAAU